GGCAUUGACUAAUGACGCUCACACAUAUUUUUAUAUUUGGUGACAGCUGUGUUUUCGUUUUGUCUUCGCUCGAUAGUAAUACAUAUAAUUUCAUAAAUAAAUUGUAAUGUUUUAUAUCUCUAAAUAAUAUUAAAUAAUCAAAAUGACGAGAACGCUUGGAAAUACUGAAAAGCGAUUUUCCAUUGACGAUGCAUUCGAAGAAGAAACUGAUGAAGCCAUUAAAGUGUAUGGUGCUACAGUUGAUAGGUCUCCGAUACAAAAUAAAUUUAAGAAUGGAGGCGAUUUUAUUUCAAGUAAAACCUAUAAAUAUACUGAAGAUACAACAUCUCGAGACUCUGAUUCACUCAUACAUGAAUAUGUAGAAGCUUCACAAUCUCUAUAUUGCUGGAAUCACCCAAAGGUCAGGGAAAAUUGGAAAACAGUAUGUGCUGCUGUAAUACUACUCAUAGUUGGAGUAGGUUUACUCGGCAUGUGUGCCUUUGCUGUAGCUGAACCGGAGAAUGGUCUACAAGGCGCUGUGUUUUUUGUAGCUGGCAUGAUUUGCUUUGUCCCUGGAGCUUAUCAUGUAGUUUACAUUUGGCUAGCUGCAAGAGGACAAAGAGGGUAUGAUUUCUACCACCUGCCUUUAUUUACUUGAUUAUUUUUUAUGGAGAUGUAAAAUCAUAAAAUUCUGUGUUGUGUUCUUAAGGUUGACUGAUAUAUAUAACAAGCUCUCUAUUGCCCCUCAACUGGUAGAGUUGUAAAUCUUAGCAGGACUUACAGGAUAAUAAAUACUGCAAAUUAAGUAAUAUUUACAGCCAUUUGUUAAACAAAUCAAUUUAUCCUUUUACUCCCUCUAAUAAUAAUAAAAGUUGGGUAGCUAUUGAUAAUUGUUAAAGGAUCACAUAUGUAUCUAAAUUCUUGAAUUGUUUUCUAUGGUAUGAGAAAAAUAUUAUCUAUGUAUACUUUGUAUUAAAGUACCUAAAUACAUUCUUGAAUCUUUUGUUAUUAAAAAAAUUACUGUAUAAUAAUUCUAUAAUUUACUGCAAGAAUGAAUUGUUUUAGUUUACCUUGAUUUUCGAGUCAUAUAGUUUUAAUAAAAUACUAUUGAUCUCUAUUAAUAAAAAAAAUUAAUUAAUUCAAUUAUUUUCGAAUUUUGUUAGUGUUUAAGUUAGUCAUUGUCUCCUUUUAUAUUUUCUCAUAAUUUGAUUUGUAUCUAUGAAUUCUGAUCAAAAUUAUUGAUAAGCAAGCUUUAUAUAUUUAUAAAAGGAGAAAUAUAUGCUAAAUGAAAUACCUUAAUAAUAAAGAAAUGAUCUGGUGUAUAAACUACACAUAAUUAUUUUACUUCUUAAAUAUAAUAAAAAAUCAAAAUGUUAGGAUGGAAAUGUAUUUUAUAAAAAUAAAAUAAUUAAUUUAACUCAUAUUUUGAAUGCAUUGUUAGUUGCAAUAGAGUACAUAUAAUUUAAUUAAAUAAAUUCAAUCAUGCUUUACAUUAAUGAGCUUUCUGUAACAAGUUUUAUCUUAAAUUAAUUUUAGAAUAAUAGUAUUUAUAUAAAAAAUAUUGUUUUCACUUUAAGUAGGCAAGCUUUAGAGCUUAUAUACAAUAUAAUAAUGUAAGUCACUUUUUUUCUGACUUAAUUACAUGCCAUAUUCAACAAAUAUUGUUAUUUUCUCUAUUAUUUUUGUCCCAGUUACCAAUACCUAAAAUAUGUGACGAAUGGUUGUGUUAUAGAACACAUACUAAAUUAACAAACUCAUUUUUAAUUAUGUACAUUUAUAAUUUGAUUCUGCAUAUUAUAUUACUUUUUGUAAUAAUCUAGGUUAUUGUGUAAAUAUAUUAUGUUUAGUCAA